UUCAUUGCCCCUCUAUCAUUCUGCCCAAGACACAUUCCACACAGCAGUUAUCAAUUUUUGGUUCGUGUUUUAAAUCAAAGCUUGAAGAAUUUACGUCUUAUCAUUCUCCAGAGGAAAAUUUCAUUUUUCAGUACCAACAGGGGACAUGAAGUGAAGUUUUACCUUGCUCCUGUACACGACCAUUUCAUUGGCCGUGUGUGCCAACAAAGACUUGGAAGGAAACUGUUUACAAUAUGUUCCAGUGCACGGUAUGAACCUCCAGGGGAAUAAUGAUAUGAACUUGGAUCCAUCUAAGGAGUAUAUUUGCGAGGAUACUGCACCACUUAAAGACAAUAUUUGUAUAGACGUGGAAGCACAGUCAUACAACAGAACUUUGAAGAAGAAAAUGGAAGAUCCUGCUGCUCUUAUGCGACAAAGAAUAUGGGAAUUAAUACAUUGCUUCACUGAUGCUUCACCGUGGGCAUAUGCAUUAAGCUUUGCUACACUCUUUACAGUUCCCUUGAUGCAUUGUGUUGAUCUACAGUGUAUGGAACGCUGUUUGCCAGUGAGUGUUUGCAACCUAUGGUAUACAAAAGUUGUGGUCAUUAUCUCAUUGAUUAUUACAAAUUUGCUGUUGGCUGUACUUUUGAGUGUUAAAAGUGAGUUGGUGAAGCUCUUCAGCGUAUUGAAUUAUACGCUGCUAGCAGUUUAUUAUGUGCUGGCGUUUCUGUUGUAUGUGGCCAUAGAGCCUUACGACACCCACUUGGCACUGCACAUGAUUUGUGUUACCUUGGCUCUAGCAUAUCCUAGUUGGGUUCUGAGCCGUUCAAUGACAAAGAAACCAAAAGUAAGAAUUGUGUACGUAACACGUGCAUAGUUCUUCACAAAUGUCAGUAAAAGUUGCACCACUAGAGUGAAUUUUGCAAAUGGUGCAUAAGUAUUGCCAAAAGACCAGGCAUAAGAAAAUACCACUGCUCCAAGUUGCUGCCACUACUAACAAAUCCCACUUCAGAAUCAAGAUCAAACAUUGCAGAUGUAAAAUAAUGUCAAAGGGGAGAACCUCAGUUAUACGGAUGGACAUACACAUUUUGAAACUGGAAAUCAACUAACAGAGCUGUGCCAACAACCACAAUAUCGCUCCUCAUAUCUUCAUCCUAGGCAUAGAGAAAAACUGUGAAAGUAGAAGAUAAUGACAUCAUUUAUACCUCUCUUAAUUCAGUCAAGAAAUCCAGAGCAAUCAUGAAGGGCCUCUAACAUGUGACAAAAAUUAGAACCUUAGACUCAAGAAAUUUUAAUUUAUAGGUCAGCUUCAUCCAAAGAAUUAGCCAGCCAUUAGGCCAUUAAACAAAAACACUGACUUGAGGAAAUAACCAAGGAUUAAGAAUGUAAAUACCAGAGGUAUAACACUUAUGGAAAGAGGGUGGUGGAUUGAUUGAUGACUUCACUAUUUACUUGUGUCUGAGAGUGCAGUAUGUUGUCAGCACUUUCUCUUUUUCUUAGAAUGUUUUCUUUAAUCUGUUUUGCCUCUCUCAUUUUUCUAACUGAUAAAUAGGCAAUCACUUAUUAAUAGCACAUGACGUAAGAUACUACCUGGUGGCCUCAGUGCAAUGUGUGUCAUCCAGAAUAAGCUCUAUGAAUAUUUCAAAAUUGUAUCGAAUAUUUCAUAGAUCAUGAAUUUCUGAACAAUUUGUAAGAUACUAAUUUCCACUUCUGUACUUAUUAUUCUCUGUUACCCACAGCGACAAGUAGUUUUUCACAUUUAAGGGAUCAAAUGUCAUCAAUUUGUGCUUUAUAAUUCACAUUGUUUCACCCUGACCAGUUUGUCAUCGUACUGAAAUGGUGCAAGUGCGGAAAAAAUUAUCAUCUUGACAUUCCAAUUUUGGAAUCCAAAGAAGAAAGUAAACAAUAUGAAAACAAUACCUCACAGGUUCACAGUAGAGUUAGACAUUUUUAUCAGCCAGGACUUUCCUCAUUCCCAAAUGCCCACUGUAUUGAAGUCUGCACAAUGUCAAAGACUGCUGUACCAUAUCAAACUUUCCAUUUUUUUUUUUUUU